UGGUGGUUGCCGAGUCCGCCGCCAUGCGGCGUGUGGCGCUGCUGGCGCUCUCCCUCUGCUGCCUGCCCGGACACCUGUCACUGUCCCUGGUCACUGUCAACGUCCCGACCUACAAGCACGUCGGCGAGAGCGCCACGCUGCUCUGCGACUUUGACCUGCAAGGUCGCGGGCUGUACAGCAUCAGGUGGUACAAGGACGACGUCGAGUUCUACCGCUACGUGCCGAGCAGCCGGCAGCCCAAGCGAGUCUUCACCGACGUACCCGGCAUUUUUGUGAACACAGCCGCUUCUGACGAGCGCCGGGUCAGUCUGGGCUCGCUCGAGCUGAACAGCACGGGCCACUUCCAGUGCCAGGUGUCGGACGAGGCUCCCACCUUCCACACCUUCUCCGACGGCGCCACCAUGAUGGUCGUAGCCCUGCCGAAGGCGGGACCUUUCAUAUUCGGCCAGGACAGCGCACGGAAUACCGACGGAUUCCUCUCCCUCAACUGCACCGCCGACAAAUCCAAGCCGGCUGCCAGAUUGCAGUGGCUCAUCAACAAUCACCAGGCCCAGAGCCAGUUUGUGAGCCGAUUGCCUACUAUCGUGGACUCGAGCGGCAUGGAGACUGCUACGCUCGGGCUGCGGCUACCACUACGGUCAGACAUGUUCAGGUCAGGGGCCACGGAGCUGACCUGCCGGGCCACCGUGCUGGUCGACGCCCCGCCAGCGGGCGGCGCCGUGGCCGCCGACGGCAGGCUGCAGCGGCACGAGGUGCUGAGCCAGCGGAGAGCCACGAUCACGGUCCGGAGCGGAGCUGCCACGCCGGUCACGAGCGAGCUGCUGCUGGUCUCGCUGCUGCUUGCUGGCGCCGUGAUGGGAGCGAGCGCCGGCCAGCUGCGGGCUGCGUAGCGCGGCGGAAGCAUCGAGAGCGGCCCGCCGCCCCAGACGCCGCGCCCGAUCUCGGGUCCGCCAGCGCCCCGGGCCGUCCGCGAGUGGCGGCGCCGGCAGAGCUCGCCAAGUACAACGGCCACGGGUCUCCUGCUCAGCACUGAGAGGCGUGUGACUGGCAACGGCUAGCAAGCGUCCCCCUCGCGCCCCACUGUUCAGAGGUUGCGACAACGCCACAGCAGUCGUGCCUCCAUCGCUAAGUGGCGACUGACACAUUGUAAACCAGCCCAGAUAAUAAUCCAGUCACCGAGUUAUCACUACACACGAAGCGAAGCUAUGCGGCGCGCGCCACGUUGUUUCGCGGGAGUGUUUGACGACCAUGCCACGAGUGCUUCGCCAGCCAACAACCCGGGCCGUGUUGAUCGUUUGCCUCCGCACGAAGCGCAUGCACGUGACAGCACGCUAUUCAGUUCUGGCCGUCUUGAGCGGCACGACGCCCACUGACAGUGAUGAAUAAAACG